GAGGAUCGUCACCUCACCACCCUCCCCCCCCCCCACCCCCCUCCUCACCCCGUUCCCCAAUAUAAACACCACCUCGAACCCAUCUCCUCCCACCCACAACACAACACAACGCAUCUCUUCUCAGAGACUCAAACCCUUCGAAUUUCGAAUCGCUCGAACAACAAGAGAGGUUUCGAAUCGCAGAAAUGUCGGGCCGCGGAAAGGGAGGAAAGGGGCUGGGAAAGGGCGGAGCGAAGCGGCACCGCAAGGUGCUCCGGGACAACAUCCAGGGCAUAACGAAGCCCGCCAUCCGCAGGCUCGCCAGGAGGGGCGGCGUCAAGAGGAUCUCCGGGCUGAUCUACGAGGAGACUCGUGGCGUGCUCAAGAUCUUCCUCGAGAACGUCAUCCGCGACGCGGUGACGUACACCGAGCACGCGCGCCGGAAGACCGUGACGGCCAUGGACGUGGUUUACGCGUUGAAGAGGCAGGGGAGGACUCUUUACGGUUUCGGGGGUUAGGGUUUUGUUUUCUGCCCCUUUUUGGUGUGGGUUAAGUCUUGCUGUCAAGAAUAUUUGGGGGAAUGUGGGGUUAGAAUUUAGAUGUAGGAGUAUGGUUUUUGUGAUUUAGGGUUUGUUUGGAGUUCUCUUAUUAUGUGAGUAUGGUACUUCCAAAUUUCCUGCGUUACUGCCUUUCAGUUUCUGUGUUAGACAUUGCUGUGAAAAUUGCAAUUCCUGAAGUGAUUCUGUGAAUUUUGUGGUAUCAAAUUGAAGUUACUAUUAUCAA